AUGUACUCAUGGUCCCUACAUAUCUGCUCAUUGUUCAAACCAUAUGAAUGUCCAGCUGCAUUUCCUACAAUGCAGCAAUCCCAAUCUUUCCGGCUCUGUGGACCAAAAUGUUUCAUUCAACCACAAGUAGGAAGGUGCACGACUCCUGCUGGUCGCUUUUAUUUCGACACAAUAACUGGGAAGUGUACGUUGUUUGUUUAUAGUGGAUGCGGAGGGAAUGAAAACAACUUCUUAACUUCGGAGGAAUGCCUACAAGAAUGCAAACCUACUGGUGUAUAUCCUCGGAAAUGUAAAUGGACCCCUGGAAAAGGGAAGUGUAACUCUCCUUCUAUUCGCUAUUUUUUCAGCCCAGCACACGCUAUAUGUAUAAUGUUCACUUAUACUGGAUGUGGAGGGAAUGACAAUAACUUCUUAACUUUGCACGAAUGCAUAAAACAAUGCAAAAGAUUUGGUGACCCUCAAAAGGAAUGUUUUCAUCCUGUAGAAGUAGGACGGUGCAAAGCUUCAUUUCAUCGUUUUUAUUUUAACACAAGAACUAAGAACUGUGAGGAAUUCAUUUAUGGUGGAUGUGGAGGAAAUGAAAACAACUUUGUAAAUUGGAUCACAUGCAGAGCUAUGUGUCAAAAUUCAG